ACUCCAAAAUUAUUGAAGAUUCUAGUGAUAAAGAUCUAAAACUCGAAAAACUCUCUUUUGAAGCGCAUUUAACGAUUGAGAAAGGUAAUGAAAGUAUAAUAAUAAGCGAAAAUUUGAAUAAUGUCGAUGAUCCAAAGAAUUGGUCUUCAAAAAGAAAAGGAUUUAUUUUGGCCAUAGUAACUUUCUCUGCAUUAUCAACAUCAAUCGAUGGAAC